AUGACCGCGAAGGCCCUCGUCACGUUCGCAUCCGGAGCCAGCGGGAUAGCCAUUGUGGCUGCCCUUGUCUGUUUUGGUUUACUGUUGCAAGACAUCAACUCAUUCUACGAUGAUGCUGUCACCGAUUUGGAAGAGUUCAAGCAAUUCGCCGAUGAUGCCUGGGAUACGAUGAUUCAUAGCGGUAAAGUGAGCAGCUUUGAAUCCAUCAGUGCAGUCUUUGGCAGAGAAAAACGAGGCGCCGGCUACUGUAAUUGUGGAGCACAGCCAAACACUUGUCCACCAGGAGCUCCUGGACCACCUGGUGAGAGCGGAGCACCUGGCGAGGACGGAGCUCCAGGUCAACCGGCUGGUCGCGGUAACAACGGAAUCGGCAUGAUCGGAAAGCCUAAUGAACCCGUUUCAUGUAUCCAAUGCCCAGUCGGACAACCAGGACCUCCUGGACCGGAUGGUCCUGUAGGAGAAGCUGGUCCAGAUGGUCAAAGCGGCGCCGAUGGGCCACCAGGAUCCGAUGGAACACCUGGAAUGGCUGGCGAACCAGGAGAUGCUGGAGAACGGGGAGAGCCAGGAGCACCGGGACUCCCAGGAGCAGACGGAUCGAAGGGAACUCGCGGUGUAGGAACUCCAGGACCAGCUGGAGGACCUGGGAUGCCAGGUGUUCCCGGAAACGCGGGAGCUCCAGGUAUGAACGGAAACGAAGGACCCCCAGGUCAAGAAGGUAUCGUGGGAGCUCCAGGAAAGGAUGGUAUGAAGGGUGAAGAUGGACAGCCUGGUGGACAAGGAGUACCCGGCCUCCCAGGCGGGGAUGCCCAGUAUUGUGCAUGCCCGAAGCGGACAAGCGAUAUGUUUGCCGAGUCGUCUCGGCCCAAAGAGAAACAGCAGGAAUACAAAGCAGCUCGGUGA